GAUGUCACUGUGCAGACACGUGCCAAAAGGCAAAAGAGAAAACAAUAGCUCUCGUGCGUCAGAAUUGCGUCACUUUCCGUCACUGUUUCUUCAAUUUCGUUGGCUUGAAGUUUAGGGGAACAUAAUUGUUCCUCCAAAAACAGAAACAAUUAUGGUAGAUACAUCUUUUAAUAAUCAAAGCUCAAAAAGUUGUCUUUUUUUUUAGUGUUGGUUUUCUGGUGGAUAGGCUCAUAAUUGAUUGACCCACAAUUUGGUUUCCUUAGGGUUUAUGAUCUUAAGUGAAAAUUUCUUGAAGUAUAGUGAGAGAUUUCGGAAUCUGAGGUUUUGGGUAUGUGAAUUUCUCAGAUAAGAUGUUGAGUUUAGGGUUUCUUAUAUCGAUUUUGUGGCAAGUAGCGAUUUUUUCUUAGCAGGGAUUUUGGUGAGGAGCAGAGAUUGAAAGUCUAGAUUUUUUAUUAUAUUCUUCUAGUUUCUGAUUUGCUCGUGGUCGAUGAAGAAGAUGAUCGGGAGUCCUGGAACGAUGAGUGGAUUGAUAUUGAGAAUAGGGCAAUGUGCAACCGCUGCUGCUUCGAUCGGUGUUAUGGUUUCUGCUCCGGGCUUCUCUAGUUACACUGCUUUCUGCUUCUUAGUUGCAUCUAUGGGUCUUCAAUUGAUUUGGAGCUUUGGACUUGCGUGUCUCGAUGUAUAUGCGAUAAGGCGGAAAAGUGAUCUACAAACCCCCAUCUUAUUGAGCCUAUUCACUGUUGGUGAUUGGGUCACUGCACUUCUCUCUCUUGCAGCCGCGUGUUCAUCUGCAGGAGUUACGGUUUUAUUCACAAAAGACACUGAAUUUUGCAGGCAGACCUCUCUCUCUUGUGAUAGGUUUCAGAUUUCGGUCGGUUUAGCUUUCUUCAACUGGGUUUUGGCUGCUAUAUCUUCUCAUGCGAUGUUUUGGAUCUUGACAUGACAUUUCAGCAAACCCAUCUCCUUGAUUUUACAAAAAUCCAUUUCUGCAAAUCGUUUCUCUAAUU